GUUUCAGAAGGCGACAUUCCAGCCAGUGCCUUAGGUCGCUUUCCACUUGGAAAACUGGGUGAAUGCGCAGCGUCAUCCCCCCCCCGGACCCCCACUCUCCCUAAAGCCUCUGGUUGGAGCGCACAUAGUUGUUGUUGCCCGCCAGCUCAGCUCAGCUCGGUCUGAGGAGAACUUGCGGCUAAAAAGAUGGCAUCCCAGCUGCUGUGUUGGAGGCUGAUGGGCCUCGUUGCCUUGCUGACCUUGUUGGCUUCAACAGAAGUGACAAGCGAUGGCAAGAAACUGCACCAGCUUUUAAGAAAACGAGAUGUGGCAGGAGAGGCAGCUGCAUCGUCCUCCUCCAAGGCCUCAGUGGCCAUGCCUCCAUCCAAAGCUCAGGAGUUUCUGGCAAAGCUGAGUCGCACCAAGAGGAACAUUUGGGACCGCAGCAGGCCGGAUGUGCAGCAAUGGAUUAUGCAGUUUAUGUACAUGGGCUACGACGAGCAGAGGCUGGAGACGGAUCUGUCCUACUGGAUGGACCACGCACGCUCCUCUGACCAGGGACGACAGCAUCACUACGACGAGAACGCGGCCAUCGGCCCGCGUGACCCAAACUCCUACCGACACGGCGCCAACGUCAACUAUGACUACUAUUAGCGGCACUGAGGUGACGACAACGCCGCUUCCUGCGCACAACCCAACAGCGUAGACACAAAACACACUGCCUUGUUGUGGGGGAAAAUGAAGUCAAAAUGCUAUCAUGUCAUGACGAUGAACAACAAUCAAUAAACAUGCUUUCCUAGAAGUCCAGAGUUUCUUCAACUUUCUACUCAAAACAGACGGAACUGACAAAAAAGUAUUUUAUUUUGAAACAUUCCUAUGCCUUAAAUGUUUUUUUUUCCCGGUUUAUUUUGUUUGAAAAAGUCCAAGAUUAUCACUUAGCAUUGUACACCGAGUGGUUAAAACAUUUUGUUUUACAAUGUAUUGCAACUAUCCAUCCAUUUUCUACCGCUUGUCCCUUUCGGGUUUGCAGGGGGUGCUGGAGCCUAUCCCAGCUGCAUUCGGGCGGAAGGCAGGGUACACCCGAGUUGCCGACUCAUGGCAGGGCCAACACAGAUAGACAACAUUCACACUCACAUUCACACACUCGGGCCAAUUUAGUGUUGCCAAUCAACCUAUCCCCAGGUGCAUGUCUUUGGAGGUGGGAGGAAGUCGGAAUACCCAGGGGGAACCCACGCAGUCCCGGGGAGAACAUGCAAACUCCACAGAAAAAGACCCUGAAAAUUGAACCCUAUUUUGUAGACCAUUAUUUGUAGGGUUUUACAGGUAGUUAAUAUAUGACUAUGAUGAAUUGCACUGGUAAAUAAAAUCUGCCAAACUGAUGGGAUUAAAAUAAUAGACUUAAAAUGUGUUUUUUUUAUUUUUUACUUGGAGUUGUAUGGUCUUUUAUCAUGAAAAAAUAUACGAUUUUUCCUCUCCAUUAGAUUACUUCCCAUUUAAUAGACUAAGUAAACACAUUUUU